AUAUAGUUGGUAACUUAAUUGGUGUAAGACCAUACGUGUUAGAUACGUAAUACUACUGAUAAAACAAAAAAAUAAAUAAAAUAAAAUAAAAAUAAAAAGCCACCCCACUUUGUAUAAGGACCAUAACGACCUCUACAAAACAGCCGAUUCUUCGAUUUUUAAAUUGGAUUCUUCCUACCAUUUUGACUAUGAUAUAUCAUUUAACUUAGCUGAGCCUCCACACACGAUUAAUCUCUUGCUCUUGCUCUUGCUCUUCCUCUUCAUCUCUUAAUUAAGCUUCAACGCUUUUCUUCAAGAGCGGAGGAAUUUUCUGAUCCAAAAAAAAAAAAAAACAUCUUUCGAGGUAUUUCAAUGGGAAAAAAAACCCCACACCAAAUCAUAUGCCAUAGGUUGCCAUGGUGGAUGUCCACCAUGGUCAUCAUGAUCUUUAUAACUAUGGAUAAGCAUGUGAUUUCACAGUCAAGUGAUAGAAAUAAUACUCUUCUGAGAAAGUAUUGUAGAUCAUACAACAGUGUCUACGGAGAGUUUUACCUAAGCAAUCUCAAUACCACCCUUUCUAGCCUCCGGAGGCAGUUAUCCGAUCCACAGGUAUAUUAUGCGUUUGCACAGGCUGCAAAUAAUGACGCAUUUGUGUACAGCUUCGCUUUGUGUAGGGAGUAUCUGUCCACUUCGCAGUGUCUGGCAUGUUUUGACUCCGCAGUUAAUGAGACAAAAGCAUGUGGGAUAGCUGAUGGGGCUAACGUGAUUUAUGAUGAUUGCAGUAUCAGGUAUGAGAAUUACGGUGCGAACUUUAAUGACGGUAAUGUUAUAUCGGAUGAUAAUGCCACUCCAACUAGAAUAUGCGGCAUGGAAUCUAUAUCUCAGCCGAUAACUACUUUCAACCAAAUGGUAGAGGCAUUGUUAUCUGAUAUUCAAGUCGCUACUCCAAGAACAUCUACUUUCUAUGUAGCAUCCACAAGGCAAGUCUCAACUAGAAACACGACAAUGUAUGCAAUUGCACAGUGUGUCAGAAACGUAAGCCAAGCCAUUUGUCAAAGUUGCUUGAAUACAGCAUAUGACAAUUUACAUGGUUGUCUCCCCAAUACGGAAGGAAGGGCAAUUGACUUUUUUUGCUUUAUGAGGUAUUCCGAGACUCCAUUCUUUCGAAACAACCAGACAACAAAUAUCUUGUCUUUCUUAAGUACAGGAAGUUCAAGCAAGUCUGGCAUGAUAGCUGGAGUAUGUAGUGGUGUGGGUUUCUUUUUGUUUAUACUUGUUUUGUGGUUAUGGUAUCGACAAAUGAAGAAGUCAAAGAAUGUUGAACAAGAGGAACCUGGACUACAAGGGGAAAAAGGUUACAGUUACCAAGAUUUGCGAUUAGCAACACACAAUUUUGGUGAUGAGUAUAGAAUAGGGAAAGGAGGUUUUGGUGAAGUAUUCAAGGCAAUUAUAGAUGAUGAGAAGGUAGUGGCAGUGAAGAAACUUCAUGUUGGUUAUGGUAGUGCAAAAUUAGAAUUUGACAAUGAAGUGAAGCUUAUAAGUAAUAUUCAACAUCGGAAUCUUGUACGACAACUAGGAUGGUGUAGUGAAGGACCUGAGCUACUUCUUGUCCUAGAAUACAUGCCACAUGGAAGCCUUGACAACUUCUUAUGGGGUGAUAAAAAGGGCACUCUAAAUUGGGAAAAACGAUUUGACAUUAUCUUUGGCAUUGCUAGGGGUCUUUCCCAUCUUCACAAUGAAUGCCAUGUCAAAAUAAUUCACAGAGAUAUAAAAUCAAAUAACAUCCUCCUUGAUGAGGAUUUUCAACCCAAAAUCGCAGAUUUUGGAUUGGCAAGAUUUCAACCGGAGGAUCAAACCCAUAUUAGCACAAAGCUUGCUGGCACCCUAGGAUACAUGGCACCAGAAUAUGCAACCACUGGACAAUUAUCAGAGAAGGUUGACACAUAUAGCUUCGGUAUCGUGGCCCUUGAAAUCAUUAGUGGUCGAAUAUGUACUGAUCAAAACUUCAGUGGACCUGACACAGCUCACCUCCUUGAACAUGCAUGGCAGUUGUAUGAAAAACGCAUGCACAUAGAGUUGAUUGAUGAAGCAUUAGGUAAAGAAGAAUACAAUGAAGCUAAUGUCAUGAAGACCAUAGAGAUUGCUCUCAUGUGCACUCAGUCACCAGCUUCCUUAAGACCAACAAUGUCUGAAGUUGUGCUAUUGUUGUCAAGGGGACAAUCUUUGGGACUAGGACAGCUAAUCAAACCUACAUUCAUUAAUGCACGUAGGGUGAUGCACAGAGAUGGAAAUGGGUUACAAAAUAAAUAAGUAGAUAUAUUGAGGACAAAUGUUCUUCUUUUUGCAUUGUAAAUCACAAAUCUAGAUUUGGGGUGUUGGCGUGUUGUUUUAAGGUCUGAACAUAAGCACUAGAGCCUUCACUUGUUGUAAAAUUGGAAUUGAUCGAUGAUGAUAUCGUUAUAAGGAACUUGUAGAAACACAACAAUUGAUAUUUAUAGGUAUAUAUAUUACUCAUUAUUUCAAACAGUA